ACAUUCACGACCGCCCUCGCCGAGACACUAGCUGCUCGCGCCUGUAGCUGCACAAUUCGAACAGUCGCGACGGCGCCGCGUCGCACGCCUCCACACUCUCUGUUCCGUGCAUCUUGUGUCUGUAGCCGAGUUAGCCUCCAAUGUUGGCGUCACGGAGAAUAGCUUCCCUCUGCUAGCUAGCCAGCUAGCUAGCUAGCUAGCAUUAGCCGAGCCCCGUGGACAUCACCUGGGAUCUGAUCUGGGGUCUGUCUAUCAACUGUAGUCGACGAGCCGGUGAAGCGUCAGUGUGUCAUCCGUGUCCCGUGCUGACAGACUGAUGUGUGUAUCGGCAGUUGUUGGUCCCAGGGGUUUGUUCAUGGACAUGACCCGAUGAUCGCAGCCCAGACAACGUUCAAGUUCUGCUGGAGACGUCUUCAGCUUUUACCUUUUGCAGCGAUGACCCAGACGGUUCAGACCAACGGGGUUCAGCCCCUCAGUAAGACCUGGGAACUGAGUCUGUACGAGCUACAGAGAAUUCCACAGGAAGCAAUCACAGACGGACUGGAGAUUGCCGUGUCGCCCCGGUCGCUGCACAGUGAACUUAUGUGUCCGAUCUGUCUGGACAUGCUGAAGAACACCAUGACGACCAAAGAAUGUCUGCACCGCUUCUGCGCCGACUGUAUCAUCACAGCUCUGAGAUCUGGUAACAAAGAGUGUCCUACCUGUCGUAAGAAGCUGGUGUCGAAGAGAUCACUGCGCCCUGACCCCAACUUUGAUGCUCUGAUCAGUAAGAUCUAUCCCAGCCGGGACGAGUACGAAGCCCAUCAGGAGAGAGUGUUGGCCCGCAUCAGCAAACACAACAACCAGCAAGCCCUGUCCCACAGCAUAGAGGAGGGGCUGAAGAUACAGGCCAUGACCAGACUGCAGCGUGGUAAGAGACAUACAGUGGAGAACGGGAGUGGGGCCGAAGACAACGGAGACUCCUCCCACUGCAGCAACGCCUCUGUCCACAGCAACCAGGAGGCGGGGCCGAGCAUCAAACGCACCAAGACGAGUGACGACAGUGGUCUGGACAUGGAUAAUGCAGCAGAGAACGGGGGCGGGGACUCGGUGAUCGACGGCGGUGCCAGUGAAAUCGAGCUGGUGUUCAGGCCACAUCCCACCCUGAUGGAGAAGGAUGACGGUCACAGCGUGGAGUUUGUCCCUCGCUACAUCAAGACGUCCGGUAACGCCACAGUGGAUCACCUAUCCAAAUACCUGGCCGUCCGAUUGGCCCUGGAGGAGCUGAGAAGAAACGCAGAGGCCAGUCCUGUGAACGUGGAGGCAGCUUCAGAGAAACAGUACACCAUCUACAUACCCACUGCUGGAAACCAGUUCACUGUCCUGAACGGUUCCUUCUCUCUGGAACUCGUCAGUGAAAAGUACUGGAAGGUGAACAAACCCAUGGAGCUCUACUUUGCCCCGACUAAAGAACACAAGUAGACACACACACACGCACUCAUACAUGCACACACACACACGCACACACACAUACACACGUACACGCUCAUCAGCAGGAAGUCAACGGAUGGACUUGGCAACACGUGCACACACAAAAGCAAGAAGAGGAAUGUGUGUGUCUAAAAAGGACUCUUGUACAAAGUUUUAUAUUCUCUGUCUCCGUGUCUAUCUCUCUCUCUCUCUCUCCGUCAGUAGAAGGUACAGUAGCAGGUACAGUAGCAGGUCAGUGCAGCAGGUUGAACCACAGAUAAUGGAAAGCUGCCAACAGGAAACCAGCCUCCACUCACUGUCUCCAUCAGCAAUGUCCCGACUGUGUUCUGAGUAUUAAAGUGUACCUGUCUGUCAGCAGUGUGUGUGCGAUGCUGCUCUGGCCCUGGAACUCUGCGAGACGGCGCCACCAACAGGUCAUUUAGAGGUUUAGGGUCACGUUGUUAAAAAAGGGACAUGCGCCGCUCACACGCACGACGAUGUACAUAUCCACGCGUGUCUCAAGCGGGCCAUCAUAAUCACAAGGGAAGUUGUAUCACGACUGAGUACUUCAUGCUGAACGUUAAAUACAGCGUUGAAAUAUUUCACCUGGAAAACCCUCGUUGUGAUUUUUAUGCAGUUUGAAUCCCCCUUUUUUAUUUUGCUUUUUGUUUUUUCAAAACCGUAUUAUGUAUGAUUUGUAGUUUCUCAUCUGAAAUGUCAGAGAUUGUCUUUGGUACCCUGAAGGUGUAAAUGUGAACCUGACGAUUCAGACGAGCCUGAGCAGUUCUAAUACUUUGGUUUUUGAAUUUUAGAUCCAUAAAACUUUUCUCACUUUGUGAAGAACCAAAACAGUUAUUUUUUUUCAGACUGCACAGGUCUUCUUGACGUGUUCCAGGAGCGAAUUCCUGCCACAUAGACUGUAUUUCAUGUUCAACAUGAAGUAAUGAGACCACACACUGUACUUUUUCCCUCUGCUCUUGCGGCGGCCAGUUUCUCUGGAUCAGGUGUGAUCUCCAGUCCGACCUCACGUUUCAGUUCCAUUUCAUAGACCCCAUCAAUAUUCUUCCGAAUUAAAAGCCCGUUCCGAUUGGACCCGUGCGACACCGCAGUGACAUCGCAGUGUGACGCCGCCGCCCGUUGACCUGCAUGUGAAGGAACCUCUACAGUUCAGUGAUGUGAAGCUACAAAGACUGAAGCAGCGUAUUGAUGUUUUGUGUUUUCUUAUCUAGUAUUACAGAUGUUCUCUUAAGACUUUGUUUUGUUCUCGUCUUUCAAAUAAAACCAGAGGAUGGUGAAGGUUUGAAUCUG